AACUAAAAAGGUCUUGCACUUCACAUGGGAAGGUUCCCUUUGCGCGUUGAAUGGGUCAUCAAACGGGGGUACCCACUAUGAAAGACUACUUGUUUUCUUGAAUCAACUUUUAUUAUUGCAAUUUACUCACACCAUCUACUCCAAAAAGUCUUUUCCAUCUUCUUCUUCCUCCUAUCUCAAAUCCCCUCCAUUUCAACCCACUUUACUCAAAAUUGAUCAUCAAUUUUUGUGUCAAACAUACAAGAAUAAAAAAAAAUGGGAGUGAUCAAAGUCUCACAAACCUUUAGAACAAAAGUGACCCCAAAUAGGAUGUUCAAGGCGUUGAUCAUGGAUUCUCACAAUCUUGCUCCCCAACUCAUGUUUUCAUCAAUCAAGAACGUCGAAUUCCUUCAAGGCACCGGCGGGCCGGGAACCAUCAAACAGAUCAAUUUCACAGAAGCAAGUCCAUUAAACUACGUGAAGCAUAGGAUCGACGAGCUGGACGAAGAAAACUACAUGUGCAAGUACACAUUUAUUGAAGUGGAUGGAUUGAUGGAUAAGCUCGAUCGCAUCACGCAUGAGGUGAAGUUUGAGGCGUAUGGGUUUGGUGGGUGCCGUUGCAAGAUUACAAGUGAGUAUUACACAAAGGAAAAUAUGGAGAUUAAAGAAGAAGAUAUUGAACAAGGGAAAGAUAGAGCUGUUGGGAUGUAUGAAGUUGUGGAAGCCUAUCUUUUGGCACACCCUCAUGCCUAUAAUUGAAUGUUUUGUAAAGUUUUUUUUUUUUUUUGGAGAUCGAUUUGAUCAUCGAUGAGGGAUGUAUGUAAUUUGUAUUUAUUUUUGUUUAUUGUGUACUUUUCUGUUUUAAUAAUAUGUUAAGAUGCCAUGGUUAUUUAUUUGCAUCUAUUUUUU